AUGGAUUCAUCAGAAUUUGAUAAAAAAUAUAAUAUCGUGGAUGCAGUGACGCCAACACAUACUCUGUUAUCGGGAAGAUAUAAAAAGAGUUUUGCUUAUCACACAUUGAAGGAACGCUUACCGGUUAUAUUAACCCAAAUUAUAGAUAGCCUAACAAAAGAAAAAGAUGAAAUAUCAGAACAGCACCGAGGAGAGAAAACCCGUGAAGAAAUAAAAGGCAUUGUCGGCCAAAUAUCCAAAUUAAAAUAUCAACUUCAAACGGAUAAACCAUUUGAACAUUUUCAAGGAUGUGAGCCUGAUCGUGAGCUGUGGAAUAAUUUCAUAGAUUCAUUGCCCGAAGAUGGCCGUUCAUUUUAUCAAACAGUUUGGCUUUAUAGCGAAUGUUACAUGUAUAGGAAAGUGUUUUCGUUUUUUGAAAAUUCUGAGACCCUAAAAUCGUAUGACUACUUUUUCAAGCAAAAAGCCAAUUCCCUGGCCAUGGAACAGGUGGUGGCAAUAGCAAAACGUUUGCGCAGUACUGAAAAGAGUUAUGAGACAUUUUCACGUUUGGUGAAGUUAAAUCUUUGGGGCAAUAAAUGCGAUCUUUCACUAAUAAUACCAACAAAUUUUGAUCCCAAUCAAAAUGUCUAUGAUAGUUGUACGAAAUUUGACGAUCACAUAUUGGUGGAUAAUAGCAAAAAUAUAUGGGACUGUUUGUUGGCAGCGGAUCAAUCGAAACACAUUAUUGUUGAUUUUGUUUUAGAUAAUGCUGGUUUUGAAUUCUAUACAGAUCUAAUAUUGGCCGAAUAUUUAUUGGAAAAGAAUUUGGCCACCAAGGUGCGUUUUCAUACCAAACCAAUGCCAUGGUUUGUGUCCGAUGUUACACCAUCAGAUUUCCGAUACACGUUUGAGUAUCUCUCGCGACACACGUCAAACUAUUUAAAUGAGCAAGGCCGGCGAUGGAAACAAUAUGUGGCAGAGGGUAAAUUUGAAAUGGCCAAAGUCAGUUACUUUUGGUGUAGUCCCAUUGAAUAUUACAAAAUGCGUGAAGUCGACCUGGAGUUGUAUAAAUAUCUUGCUGAAGCCCAUUUAGUUAUUUUCAAAGGUGACUUAAAUUAUCGCAAACUUAUGGGUGAUAUGAAUUGGGAUCCCACAGAUGAUUUCCUGACUUGUCUGCGCGGUUUCCAACCCACAAAUUUAUGUACACUACGCACAGUUAAAGCCGAUGUGAUAUGUGGCUUAAAACAAGGCAAGGUCGAGGAGUUAUGUCGUUUGAAUCCGAAAUGGAUGGAAACUGGUGAAUAUGGACUCAUUAAAUUUAUGGAAACAUCUCAGUGCAAUUGUAGUCAUGAUAGUAAAUAA